AAAAAGCAUGGCGGACAUCGAGGAUGAAUCGGUCGUUGGAAAAGAGAAUCUGGAGCAGGAGAAUGAGGAAAACAAAGUGAUUGUUAACGAUGUAGACGCCACUGACGCUCCCAAAAAGAAGAAGAAGAAAAAGAAGAAGAAGAAGAAUGAAGAGCCAGGUGAGGGAGACACAAAUGUUGUGAAUGAUAUUACAGAAACACUGGAGAAACAGGCCAUUAAUGGUUCAUCAGGAACAGUUACAAUGUUAAGGAUAAAUGACAUGUUUACAGGGGCUGAUGAGGGAGAGGGAGAGGGACAGAAGAAAAAGAAGAAAAAGAAAAAGAAUACAGGACAAAAACAACAGACUAAUCCCCCCUCCUUACCAAUAUCAGAGCUCUUCCCAGAGGGAAACUUCCCAGAAGGGGAGAUAAUGGAAUAUCCGGUGGUUCAAGACAGCACAACAGCCAGGGACAGAAUGACAAAUGAGGAGAAGCGAGCUUUAGACAGAGCCAAUAAUUACAUAUACCAGGAGGUCAGGCAAGCCGCAGAGGCACACAGACAGACAAGAAAAUACAUGAAAGAAUACAUAAAACCAGGAAUGACAAUGAUUGAUAUUUGUGAGACAUUAGAAUCUACAGCCAGGAAGUUGAUCAAUGAGAACAGACUGGAGGCGGGCCUAGCAUUCCCUACAGGGUGUUCUCUUAACCACUGCGCUGCUCACUAUACACCUAACGCAGGAGAUCCAACGGUUUUAGGGGUAGACGAUGUCUGUAAAAUUGACUUUGGAACUCAUAUAAAUGGUAGAAUCAUUGACUGUGCUUUCACACUAUCUUUCAAUCCAAAGUAUGACAGAUUACUACAAGCAGUAAAAGAUGCCACAAACACAGGAAUUAAGGAAGCGGGCAUUGAUGUAAGAUUAUGUGAUAUUGGGGAGAGGAUCCAAGAGGUCAUGGAGUCUUAUGAGGUGGAACUAGAUGGCAAAACAUAUCAAGUUAAAUCCAUACGCAAUCUGAAUGGUCACUCCAUUAGUCCGUACAGAAUCCACGCUGGGAAGACUGUCCCUAUAGUAAAGGGAGGAGAGGCUACAAGGAUGGAGGAAAUGGAAUUUUAUGCUAUAGAGACUUUUGGUAGUACUGGAAAAGGAGUUGUGCAUGAUGAUAUGGAAACAUCUCAUUAUAUGAAGAAUUUUGAUGUGGGGCAUGUGCCCUUAAGGGUACAGAAAUCAAAGCAACUGCUGAAUGUGAUAAACCAGAACUUCGGGACAUUAGCCUUCUGUCGGCGCUGGCUGGAUCGCCUCGGACAGACUAAAUACUUGAUAGCACUCAAAAACCUGUGUGAUGUGGGCAUCCUUGACCCAUACCCUCCUUUGUGUGAUUCUAAAGGGUGUUACACGGCCCAGUUUGAACACACCUUACUCCUCAGACCCACAUGUAAGGAGGUCAUCAGUCGAGGGGAGGACUAUUAAGGGGAAGGAGUCAGAACAAAUCAGAACUUAAAUGAAAGGAUUAGGAGAAUCAUCCCAAUAUUAAGGAGAUUAAGAUUUGUUUUUAUUUACAAAAGUAUAUUCUGCAACAAGAGUGUGCAUAUACAUGGUUGCAUUUGUGUUCUUUAUGAAAUGGUAACUGUU